AUGCCGAAAAACGGAAGUCUUCCCGCCGACCUAAUAGCGGCCACGCUCUGCCGCCUGCCGGCGAAGUCGCUGCUUCGAUUCCGCUGCCUAUCCAAGUCAUGGUGCUCCGAAAUCGACAGUCCCGCUUUCGCCCAACUCCAUCUCCGCCACUCCGUCAAAACCCCUUCCAAUCUCAGUCUCAUCCUCAGAGACGGCUCUCUCCGUUCUCUGGAUUUCCAGAGUUUGGACGGCCUCGUGAAGCUGAAUCACCCUCUGGAUACUCCGUUCUUCGGAACAGAGAUCCUCGGCUGCUGCAAUGGUUUGCUCGCGCUCUACAAUUCCGAAGAGGAAAUCGUGAUCUGGAACCCUAUCACCCGUGAGCAUCGGAGGCUUCCUGAGACGGAGCUCGAGUACCCUCCGGAGAACAUGUUCUUCGAUUUUAUCGUCUAUGGUUUCGGGUAUGACUCUGUUCACGACGAUUACAAGUUGGUUAGGUUGGUCCAAUUUCCCGGCUUUCGUAAUCGUCCUUGCUUCUCCGUGGCUAAGGUUUACAGUCUUAGGGAAAAUUCGUGGCGGCGGAUUAGGGAUUUCCCUUACGAAAUUGUGUUCAAGAGGUGCCAUGGGGUUCAUGUGAAUAAUGCGCUGCAUUGGGUGGUUUAUAGGAGCGGUGGAUCUGAAGGUGAGAAAUCUAUCGUUGCGUUGGAUCUCUGUAGUGAAGAGUGUCGAGUGAUUGAACAGCCCAAUUAUGGGGGGAGGAAAUUUCACCUGAAUGUGGGAGAACUUGGAGGUUGCCUCGCUGUGACUGCUAAUUACUAUCUCAAGAGAGUUGAUGUGUGGGUGAUGAAGGAAUACGGGGUGAAAGAGUCGUGGGGUAAACUUCUGACGGUGAGACAGCAAGUGAAAAGGCCUACUUUUGAAUUCGUGCUCCCUGUUGCCUAUGUGGGCAAUGGCUCCAUGGUUUUGCUUGUUCAGGAUAGUAACAAGUUUGUUUGCUAUGAUUUGAUAAGUAAGAAGGUGGAUGAGGUCGGAGUUAGCGGUCUGUCAGAUUAUUUUGAAGUAGUAGUCCUGGCGGGGAGUCUUGUGAAGCUUAACAACGGUAAUGAGGCUGCGUCAAAUGAAGCAAACUUGGUUGCAAAUGCAGUCAACUUGGUGGAUAUUGGUGGUGAUGAGGUGGACUGGGUUGAUUUUGGUGAUGAUGAGAUCCUACUCUAG